CUAUAAAAGUGUCCCGCCGCUCUGCGUGCACGCUUCGGGGAAACUUCUUAGGCGGAGCACAAUGGCUGGCUCCGUGCCGUUCUAGGGCGGGCAGCCCUGCGGCGGAGGGUGGCGGCCGCCGUCCUGGCACCGACAGACAGGAGGGAGCACGGGCAGCUCUCUCCCGCCCAGGGAAGCGGCGGCGGGAUGCGAGCGAACGGCAGCGAGUUGAACGGCACCGUUCUUCCUCGGGACCCGCCGGCCGAGGGCUCCCCGCGCCGACAGCCCUGGGUCACCUCCACGCUAGCCACCAUCCUGAUCUUCACCAUCGUAGUGGAUUUGCUGGGUAACUUGCUGGUCAUCCUCUCGGUGUACCGCAACAAGAAACUGCGGAACGCUGGAAAUAUAUUUGUGGUAAGCCUGGCAAUUGCAGACUUGGUCGUAGCAAUCUAUCCAUAUCCUCUGGUCCUCACAUCUGUAUUUCACAAUGGAUGGAAUCUGGGAUACCUUCACUGCCAGAUUAGUGGCUUCUUGAUGGGCCUAAGUGUCAUUGGAUCAAUUUUCAAUAUUACAGGCAUUGCUAUCAAUCGAUACUGCUAUAUCUGCCACAGUCUCAAAUAUGACAAGCUGUACAGCGACAAGAAUUCUUUGUGCUAUGUUGUUCUUAUCUGGGUCCUAACUGUUGUUGCUAUUGUGCCCAACCUGUUUGUAGGAUCUCUACAGUAUGACCCCAGGAUUUACUCGUGCACAUUUGCACAGUCUGUGAGUUCAGCAUAUACAAUAGCAGUGGUGUUUUUCCACUUCAUGCUUCCCAUAGCCAUCGUUACUUACUGUUACUUGAGAAUAUGGAUCCUUGUUAUUCAGGUAAGACGAAGGGUUAAACCAGACAACAACCCCAGACUGAAACCACAUGACUUCAGAAACUUUGUAACCAUGUUUGUGGUAUUUGUACUGUUUGCAGUAUGCUGGGCUCCUCUGAAUUUCAUUGGCCUUGCUGUGGCUGUUGACCCAGAAACUAUAAUCCCUAGGAUUCCAGAGUGGUUGUUCGUGUCUAGCUAUUACAUGGCAUAUUUCAACAGCUGCCUUAAUGCCAUCAUAUAUGGACUCCUGAAUCAGAACUUCAGAAGAGAAUACAAGAAAAUUGUUGUCAGUUUUUGUACAGCAAAAGCUUUUUUCCAGGACAGUUCUAAUGAUGCAGCAGACAGGAUAAGAAGUAAACCUUCUCCGCUGAUUACAAACAACAAUCAAGUGAAGGUGGACUCUGUGUGAAAAUGGGAACCUUAUUACUUUCAAUCCACAACAUCUAAAUAAAAAAUCUGUUUCAUUAGACCUACUGUUGAAUAUUAUACUGAAUUCUCUAUUCCACAUCGAAGGAACUUUGAUCAAAAUCUUUGCAUGAUAUUUGGGAAUCUGAGUUACAGAGCCUUUACGUACAGAUAUUGUCAUACAGUGGUGUAUCUUUCAUAUAACAACACAGUGAUAUC